AUUGCCCAUAACUUGUAGAUAAGCCCCUGUAUUGUAAGAGUGAAACAUAAAAGAGAAAUUUAAGUGCACAGCGGCCAUUUUUGCUUCUCCAUAGUCCUUAAGCAGAUCAGAAAGAUGGAUGCGAUAGUACAGGUGCCUUACAAUGCUACGGUGCGUUUAAUGCUGUCUUCUCUAGAGCGCAACCUCCUGCCUGACGCCGUUAUACGGCGGCUCACACGACUGCUCUUAGCUGCCCGACUUCGUUCCAGUUACAAGCCUUCCGCUGAGCUUCAGCUUUCUGACCUUCUCCAGUUUGUGCACUCUUUAAGAGAGAUGCCUAUAGCUGUGAUGACUGAGAAGGCGAAGUCCCAACAUUACGAGCUUCCUACGUCUUUCUUCAAGUUUGUUCUUGGAAAGCACUUCAAAUACAGCUGCUGUUAUUUCCACGACAAGUCAAGCACUUUAGUGGAUGCUGAAAAAGCAAUGAUGGAAUUAUACUGUGAAAGGUCACAGUUGAAAGAUGGACACACUAUACUAGAUGUUGGAUGUGGCUGGGGAUCUCUUUCUCUAUACAUAGCACAAAAAUACAGUAGCUGCAAAAUUACUGGAAUUUGCAAUUCAGUGACUCAAAAAGCACAUAUCGAAGAGCAAUGCCGGGAACUUCAGCUGCAGAAUGUGGAGAUCAUAGUUGCAGAUAUUAGCACAUUUGAGAUGGAAGGUUCCUAUGAUCGAAUAUUGUCUAUUGAAAUGUUUGAGCAUAUGAAGAACUACGGAGAUCUCCUCAAGAAGAUCUCCAGAUGGAUGAAGCCAGAUAGUCUUCUUUUUGUUCAUUAUUUUUGCCACAAGGCAUUCGCUUACCACUUCGAGGAUGUCAAUGAUGAUGAUUGGAUCACUCGCUACUUCUUCAGUGGAGGUACAAUGCCUUCUGCAAAUCUCCUCCUUUAUUUUCAGGAUGAUGUUUCUGUGGUUAAUCACUGGCUCGUUAACGGAAAGCAUUAUGCACAGACAAGUGAAGAAUGGCUUAAGAGAAUGGACCAGAACAAAACUUCGAUAAAGCCAAUAAUGGAGUCAACUUAUGGGAAGGAUUCAGCUGUUAAGUGGACUGUCUAUUGGAGAACGUUUUUCAUUUCAGUUGCUGAACUGUUUGGCUACAACAAUGGAGAAGAAUGGAUGGUUGCACAUUUCCUCUUCAAGAAGAAAUGAUUUGGCAACUGUCCCCUCUUAUACUGCAAACAAACUGUAGAAGAAAUAAGCAUGUCUGCUCAGCUGUCCUCAUGCAUUUUACCCAAAAGCUUCAAAUAGGGAACACUCUGUACGUUUCAUGUUUGAAGAGUUGGAUCUUGCACCGAUCUCCUUACUUACAGAGCAUUAGGAGACUAGACGAUGUGCUGAUUGUUGUGAUCUUUACAUAUUAGUUUCUUGCUUAAAGCAUAUAGGAGCAUGUAUUGCUAUCAAUGUCUCUUUCUAAUCAAGUUUUACCCAUCAAAUUCAAAUUCGAGGAGUAGAACUUCGGAUUGACUCCAUUAA